AUGACCACGCGUACCAUCAUCUUUCUCAUUGGUUUGCGUGGAAAUGUAUAUACCGAAGCGGCCGUCCGUUGGAGUAACGUCAACUUUAUUCAAGAAAAUGAUAGAAUCAUUUUCUUACACGUCAUGAAACCGUCUAUUAACAUUUCGCUUUUCGAAUAUAGAUCGCCUAUCAUCCUAGAUCUCCAUCAUCAAAAGUUAGAACUUGCAGACCUCGUAACCCCGGCAAUGUUGGAUGGAUCAGAGCGGAAGUUUGAAGUAUGCGUCCUUGAAACAUCGAGAGAUAUUGGCGAGGCGAUUCUCCACUACCUCGCGACAGAGCUGGUCGAUGAAAUCGAUUAUUCAUCCACCUUUCUUGUUCUCGGUCGAAUGAACGGAACACUCGAUGGCAGUCCGAGUGAAACCAGUAUUUUUAGCGCUAAAAAACAAACGUUAUCAAACUAUAUGGCACGAUUCUGUCCAAUCAGCACGAUUGUGGUGGAUAUGAUAGAUUACUCGAACUUGACCAUGCUCGCGUCCGAUUCGGUUUCAAGCGCUUAUCUUGGAUUAUCGGACUUCGCUGAAAAUGUACGAACCGUAAUAAUAGUGAUCGAUAUUUCAUCGAAAGAAAGCGUUUUCGAAGACGUCUCAAUCGUGGAGUACGCGCUCAAAUAUAUUCUGCGUCCAACAGACCGUGUUAAACUCAUCACAUUCUUUCGUUCUAUGACAGAGUUUAAUCGAAAACUGUCGGAUAUUUCUGUUUGUGAAGAUAAACUCCGAGGCUUUCUCAUCGAAAGACCGAAAGAGACUGUACCACUGACGUCUUUGAUUUUACACCUCGCCACUAGACGUGAACAUAUGGCGACGAUAAAUAAAGAGAGGCGCGAGCAAAUAUCAGACGCAGUCAAUCAAUUCGAAGCAGACUUUGUCAUUGUAUUGGAAGAGGUCGUAUACAUACCAAUCGAUGGAAGCGUUGAACUUCAACGCGCCGGUUUGUCUAGUACGCAACAACAAUCUUUUGAGACUGGGAAGAAAUAA